CACACAUAAGAUCCUCCCUUAUUCAAAAGUGACAGUGUUUUUGACGUUUCUUACCCCGUCCACCGUGUAUUGAACAGUAUGGAUGCUAUAAUGAAUGAUUUGUGUGUUGUGAUUAGCCGCCGCUGAUAAGGUGAUGGAGAGGCCCAGCAAACCCCGCGCUGGAUUUACAGCUCUGACCGAGCGAGUGAUCACCAACAGCGGAUUACCCCGCAACAACCCACCGGUACAUACCCAUAUGAGGUUCAACCAGGAAUUAUAAUUCAGUGGACCUGUGAAGAGAAGUUACAAAGCAGCUGAAUUAUGAUGGACAUUUGAAUAAUGAAGUGGCCUCAGCAUCGUUACAGGAGUGAAAGAGGUUGGUGAUUGUUUUUCGGUAUUAAAGAUUGUGAGGACUACAAACCAUGCCUCCAAGACCGUCCUCGGGAGAACUAUGGGGCAUCCAUUUGAUGCCCCCCAGGAUUCAGGUGGACUGUUUGCUGCCCAAUGGCAUCAUCCUGACGCUGGAGUGCCUCCGAGAGGCCACGCUCAUCACAAUCAAACAUGAACUGUUUAAGGAGGCGAGGAAGUGCCCUCUUCACCACCUGCUGCAGGAGGAGACCUCCUAUAUUUUCGUCAGCGUAACGCAAGAUGCGGAGCGCGAGGAGUUCUACGAUGAAACGAGGAGACUUUGCGAUCUUCGGUUAUUCCAGCCCUUCCUGAAGGUCAUCGAGCCUGUAGGAAACAGAGAGGAGAAAAUCCUCAAUCGAGAAAUCGGUUUUGCCAUCGGCAUGCCGGUGUGUGAGUUUGAUCUAGUGAAGGAUUCUGAGGUGCAAGACUUCCGGAGAAAUAUUCUUAAUGUCUGCAAAGACUCGGUGGAACUGCGAGAUGUCAGUGGGCCACACAGUCGAGCGCUAUACGUUUAUCCUCCUAACGUAGAGUCCUCGCCGGAGCUUCCAAAGCACAUAUACAGCAAAUUAGACAAAGGUCAAAUCAUCGUGGUUAUCUGGGUGAUCGUCUCCCCCAACAAUGACAAGCAGAAGUACACGCUGAAGAUCAAUCAUGAUUGUGUACCUGAGCAGGUGAUCGCCGAAGCCAUCAGGAAGAAAACCCGGAGCAUGCUGCUGUCAGCCGAGCAGCUGAAGAUGUGUGUGCAGGAGUAUCAGGGCAAGUACAUCCUGAAGGUCUGUGGUUGUGACGAGUAUCUUCUGGAGAAGUACCCCAUCAGUCAGUACAAGUAUGUACGGAGUUGCAUUAUGCUGGGUCGCAUGCCAAACCUCAUGCUUAUGUCCAAGGACAGUCUUUAUUCCCAGCUGCCCAUGGACAACUUCACCAUGCCCUCCUACGCCCGCCGCAUCUCCACCGCCACGCCUUACAUGAAUGGCGAGGCCUCCACCAAAUCUCUCUGGACCAUUAACAGCACUCUAAGGAUACGUGUCCUCUGCGCCACAUACGUUAAUGUGAAUAUCCGGGACAUUGACAAGAUUUAUGUGCGAACAGGGAUCUAUCAUGGAGGAGAACAGCUGUGUGACAAUGUAAACACUCAACGUGUCCCGUGUUCAAACCCGAGAUGGAACGAGUGGCUGACCUAUGACAUGUACAUUCCUGAUGUCCCACGGGCGGCUCGACUCUGUCUGUCCAUCUGCUCUGUGAAAGGAAGGAAGGGGGCAAAAGAGGAGCACUGUCCGCUGGCCUGGGGUAACGUCAACCUGUUCGACUACACGCACACUCUGGUGGCAGGGAAGAUGGCGCUGAAUCUGUGGCCGGUACCACACGGCCUGGAAGACCUCCUCAACCCCAUUGGGGUCACAGGCUCCAACCCUAACAAGGAAACGCCUUGUCUCGAGCUGGAGUUUGAUUAUUUCAGCUCUCCUGUGAAGUAUCCUGACAUGGCCACCAUUGAGGAUCACGCUAACUGGAUUAUAUCCAGAGAGAUGGGAUACAAUUACUGUCAGUCUGGACAGAGCAGCAGACUGGCACGAGAUCACGCCAUGACGGAGACUGAUAUAGAGCAACUUCGGCAGCUGAGCAACAGGGACCCGCUUUCUGAGAUCACAGAACAGGAGAAAGACUUCCUCUGGAGACACAGGCAGUAUUGUGUAAACAUACCAGAUAUCCUGCCAAAGAUCCUUCUGGCGGUGAAGUGGAACUCCCGCGAUGAAGUCGCACAGAUGUAUUGCCUUCUUAAAGACUGGCCGGCGAUAAAGCCAGAACAAGCCAUGGAGCUGCUGGACUGUAACUAUCCUGAUCCAAUGAUUCGAGACUUUGCAGUUCGGUGUCUUGAGAAGUACCUGACCGAUGACAAACUCUCUCAGUACCUCAUUCAGUUGGUCCAGGUUUUGAAGUACGAGCAGUAUCUGGAUAAUCCGCUGGUGCGAUUCCUGCUGAAAAAAGCUCUUACCAACCAGAGGAUCGGACACUUCUUCUUUUGGCAUUUAAAGUCAGAGAUGCACAAUAAAACGGUGAGUCAGCGGUUCGGUCUGCUGCUCGAGUCGUACUGCCGGGCCUGUGGCAUGUACCUGAAGCACCUGAGCAGACAGGUGGAAGCCAUGGAGAAGCUCAUCAACCUCACAGACAUCCUCAAGCAGGAGAAGAAGGAUGAGACUCAGAAGGUGCAAAUGAAGUUCUUGGUGGAGCAGAUGAGGAGACCCGAUUACAUGGAUGCCCUCCAAAAUUUCACCUCUCCACUCAACCCCGCCCACCAGCUGGGUAACCUGCGACUUGAAGAUUGUAGGAUCAUGUCUUCAGCCAAGAGACCGCUGUGGCUCAACUGGGAAAACCCUGACAUCAUGUCCGAACUUCUCUUCCAGAACAAUGAGAUCAUCUUCAAGAACGGAGAUGACCUGCGGCAGGACAUGCUAACCCUUCAGAUCAUCAGGAUAAUGGAGAACAUUUGGCAAAAUCAGGGGCUGGACCUGAGAAUGCUCCCGUACGGCUGUCUGUCUAUUGGAGACUGUGUGGGUCUCAUAGAGGUGGUGAGGAGUUCUCACACCAUCAUGCAGAUUCAGUGUAAGGGAGGCCUGAAGGGGGCGCUGCAGUUUAACAGUUCAACGCUGCAUCAGUGGCUGAAGGACAAGAACAAGGGCGAGAUGUACGACCUGGCGGUCGAUUUAUUCACACGAUCCUGCGCUGGCUAUUGUGUGGCCACCUUCAUUCUGGGCAUCGGUGACCGACACAACAGCAACAUCAUGGUGAAGGACGACGGGCAGCUGUUUCAUAUAGAUUUCGGUCACUUUUUGGACCACAAGAAGAAGAAGUUUGGCUACAAGAGAGAGCGAGUGCCGUUCGUCUUGACUCAAGACUUCUUAAUAGUGAUCAGCAAAGGAGGAACACAAGAGUGCACUAAAACCAGAGAGUUUGAGAGGUUCCAGGAGAUGUGCUACAAGGCUUACUUGGCCAUCAGACAGCACGCCAACCUGUUCAUCAACCUCUUCUCCAUGAUGCUGGGCUCGGGCAUGCCAGAGCUGCAGUCCUUCGAUGACAUCGCUUACAUCCGCAAGACCCUGGCGCUGGACAAAACCGAGCAGGAAGCCCUGGACUAUUUCAUGAAGCAGAUGAAUGACGCUCACCACGGCGGAUGGACCACCAAGAUGGACUGGAUCUUCCACACCAUCCGACACCACGCCCAAAACUGAGCCGAAGCGAAUUCCGACCCACCGGCACAUAACGGGCCAAACCAAGACCUUUGUUCUGGGCCGUGCUGCUCGAUCUAUGCCACGUGGAAUCAUGGCACCCAAACCUCAUGUACAAAUGACCUUCAGAGCACUAAAUCAACCCAGAAGGACUUUGUGUUUGUCCUCCAUACUGAGAUGUGCUUGUACAUUAUAGCCUUGUCUUUUUCCCCUCGUGCUGCUCUUUUCACAGAGAGUCAAUUCUACUUAUUAAUAUUUAUGAUAUUUUUGUUUUGUGGGGAAAAAAACAAACGUUGCUGGAGAAAAGGGUUCUGUACUGUUCAGGAGCUUUGGCGGGAAUGCUCGCGUCUUCCUGUUUAAAACUACAAAUGCCUUCUAAUAUGCACAGAACCUCCGAGAACACUCUAUAAAACAGGGUAUGAAACCGUCUGGUCUGCUACCUGACCUUUAUUUACCAAACCAACACUAAUGCCCUGAAAGACAGAGGAGGUGUAACCGAUGGUGCUGAAGUGUGUCCUGUCCUUUGAGUGAUGGAUCAUAAGCUUUCUUCCUUUAUAUGCACAGCGAGCGCAAACGAUAACCUGUAUACCUGAUUAUGCACUGGAUGUUUUGAUUUUUACUAUGAAUUUGUUCAUACUCUCACGUUCGUAGCACUACAUACUCGUAUGUCUCAUACAAAUGUCUCCAUUGCAACAUGUCCUCAAUAAUCACAUGACACUCUUCACUAACCACAAGAUAAUGGUGUAGUUCCUCUAGUGCUUGACCAAGAUGGCCAAUAUCUGAUUUAAUGCAGAUAUUUUCAUAAUUAAAUACUCAAUAUUUAUUUGCCAGUCAGCCCUACAAAUAAAGCGUCACACUAAAUCUCGGAUAAAUCUCCCCGGAAGUAUUUAGUGUGGAUUUUGACACAAAGGGGAACUACCGCUCGCCAAGAGGUCUUUAAAGUAGUCGAAUAUCGGCCAAUGAAUCAAGCGGAUGUUUUUCUGGUUCCAGUGUGCGAAACAUCAGAGGAAUCCAGGUUAUCAGUAAGGACUCGUUUUACCAGACAGCCGUAAUGCACAUUUGCAUGGGAUGACCAGGAGAGGAAGUGCUCCCCCUUCAGUUGAAUCGGGGUGUUUGCAUCUGUUGACACGUUGGAAAAAGACAGCUGGCUCUGCUGUAUGUAGUUAUUCAGUAUUUUGAAAGAUUCAAUGGACGUAAUGGAUGUUUUAGAUGGUGAAAUGGCUUUGAGUGGGUGAAAUAUUGUUUACCAAUGACACUACAGUACAGCGCUGUAUCACUACAUAUACUUACAUAUAUGUACACGCCGUCUGUCCUCCACAAUGUCUCCGUGUGGACAAUGUGCAGUGAAUGUCUCCAAUGUGGCGCUUCAGCUUCUAACUUGGAUUGAGCAAUCAAGAUUAUUGAAUUUUCUUUGUUUAAUGGGACGCAUGCUGUGCAUCAUGGGUAGUUAGUUGGGGUUAAUUUCGAGCUUUGAAAAGUGUCUCUCGCACUAAUUAACUAAAGCGUUCUCAUGGACAUGUGGAAACAGGAAGACGACGCCCUCUGUAGUCAGGUUAAGUGCCUUGCUUGGGGCCGACAGUUCAAUCCGCUCCCUUUGCCUCUUGAUUUACAAGCUCUCGCGCGCGUCUACGUCUUGCCCAAACAAACAAGCACUCCAGCAUCAGCUCUAUCUGGCCCGGUGUGUCCUCUCUCGUCAUGUUCCUGCAUUACUUUAAAGCUGUGAAAAUGUACAUGUACAAAUGAGGUGCAAUCGUGCUUUUUAAAUGGAUAUAUACAGUAGAUAAUGCAGGAAACAAACCAAUACUAUUUCUAUUAUAUUUGUUGUUUUGUUCGUGUUGCAGCUCAAUAUAACGUCUUCAAACAUAAAUAAAUCAUUUAAGUGACGACAUAUUUCCAACCAUCUAAAAGAGUUUUCUUCUUAAAGUCUGCUAAAGUUAGGGGUAAUUCUGUUGGGCCGCAUCUGACGAUCAUCUGAUCAUUUUCUUGACCCUUCCUUGGUCUUACUGUCAAUUUGGACUUUUGAAUUUUUAGCACUGAUUUACAUUAAGUUAACUUUAUGUUUUCGGCCUAAAACUUCAUGACAUCAGAGGUGAUCUGAACCUGACGAUGUCAUAUUGUACAUUUCAUGUAUUUAUACACAAAGCUACAGAAACAAAAAAAGUCCCUAUGUUGUCCUUAAGGGUCAAAUUGGCCUUUUACGUUCAAUUUCAAAAGCUUAUAUUACAGGCUCUGUUUGCUAUGUCUCUCUAUUUUUGGUCUUAAAUCGUUCGUCCAGGUGCAUGCUAACACUAGCAAAACAUUUUUUUUCUGUUUUUUUUAAAUAUAAAUUUAUGUGUGUGUGUUUUCUCCCACUUUUAGUCUUUGAUCAUUCCACUAGAUGGCAGAAAACACACAUUGAUAUCACAGCAUACAGAUGUGUGUGUGUGUGUGUGUGUGUGUGUGUGUGUGUGUGUGUGUGUGUGUGUGUGUGUGUGUGUGUGUGAAAUUGAGAUGAGUGUUCUUAUAAUAACAUUUUGACCUUUUCUACAAUUUUAUGGUGAGGCUUCUCAAAGACUGGAUGUGUAUGGGCAGAGUUGGGGCUCCCCCUGCCUUUCAGAUCUGAAUUUUGUGAGGUUAUAAAGAGAAUUGUUUUCUGGUUUUAGCUGGCACCUAGACAAAUGAUUUAAGACCAAAAGGACUUGACCUUUAAGACCACGGAAAGGUUAAUCAACGUUUUUGUCCUGUUUUCCAGUGAAAAUAUCGAAACAUCCUUAAAGCAAGAGAUAUGGACUGGAGAUCAGACUUGUGUUUCUUCAGUAAAUUGCUUUGCCUUGUUUUAGGGAUAAAUCUAAUGAAAUAGUUUUGUGUUCAAAACAAGGAAAAGUAUUUGCCAAUGGUGUAAGAACAAUACAGUGAAAACAAGACUGAAGACUUGAAGAUGGGGAUAGUAAUGAAUAAAACGAUGAUUUGACUUGCACACUUAUGCAUUCAUUUGCUGUUUAUACCUUUUCGUAAAAUUCGUAGUAACUCGUAUAUGCAGUAAACACGUGAACAGAUUUCCAUAUGCCCUUAGACUGAUGUAUGCAGGUGUUUCGUGCACUUUUUAUUCCUUCGUUUGUUCUCUCUUUGCCUUCAGUCCUGUGGGACACUUUUUGCAUGUGUUGAAGCAGCUCUUUUACUAGCUUGAAUCAGCUGCUGUAGAAGUUAGUGACGGUCAGCAGCUUCUAUUCGCUCUCCGAAAGCCAUUUAAUGCAUGCUUCUGUUCAAUCAUUGUGUCGUUGUCUGUACAGGCUACAGAUCUUGGGCUGGACCCGCUGAAAACAAGCCCAUUCACAAUCGUCUAAUGUGACCGAUAGCUUUCUAAUUGACCUUUUUUAAAUCAUUUAACAACUCGCUUACAUAAUCUAUUGAGAUGCAGAAAUUCUGGAGUCUUUUGUAUGGCAAAGGAAAAAAAGAGAAAAAGUAGGAGUUAAACAAGACAAUGUUUAAUAGGAUUCAGUUGUACUUGAAUAUCAUUGCUCAGAAUCGUGUUUGCGUGUCAACAAAGCCGUCGAUGUUACAUAGCACUAAAGUUUACAUUCAUAGGCAAUUUCAUACCGAUUAUGAAUGUUUUGCUCAUGAGAAACUCUACCACACCAAUAAAGAGAGAAAAAAGAUAAUUUCAAUAUAAAGGAAAAUCAAUUGUACAUUUAUUUGCUGUUAUAUAAGACUGUCAGGAGUAUAUCGAUGACUCUAAUAAAAAGGUCAAAGCGGUUUUCUGUGCUUUUCUGAAAUGGUUGGAGUGGUUACAUUUCUUUCUCUCUCUGUAAUGCAUUUUACUCAUUUAUGUCAUAAAGAUAUAGUUUUCUUUACUAUCACCAUUAUAAAAUUAUAUAUAUAGCGGGCCAAAUCCUUUUCUUUACCUCCUUCCUCGCAUGAGAUUCAAAAGUAAAGUUUAAAAUGAAGAAAAAAAGAAAGUGAAACUUCAAAAAGUUGCCCUAGUAUUUCUGUUGAUCAUUUGUCCAUGACUGCACUCGGUACAAACCAUCUAUAAACAGCCAUCAGCCUCAUGUUUCUGUUUCAUUGUGCACUUCAGUUCAAGAGUCGCUUUAUAUCCCGUCUGUCUUCAAUAUUUUGAGUGUUAUGUGACUAUGUACAAAUAAAUGUAUUUCAAGAAAGCUUUCCUGAUUAUUACUGAUGUCACGCACCAGGGUGAGAAAUUAAGG